AUGCCAUUGGCAAAGGGGCGAUGCGUCCGAGAGGCGACGGCGGUUGCACCCACCACGAGCGAUGUGCUGAUGUGCCCAGGCAAACUGCACGUCAACGUGAGUGCCGUGACACAGCUCCUGUUGUGUACAAAAACGUCGUUUCUUCGGUGUCUUGCCAUGAUGGCACGGGUGAGCAACACUAUGAAUGCAAGCGCGAUGGAGGCGUACUUUGCGCGAGCAAUUGGAGGCGUGCGGUGUCUGUAUCACAGAGGAGGGCAACGCGCUCGUGGCCGCACUUUCAUUAGCAGUGACGGCGAGGCGUGGCGUGGGUGA